UUGGUCUCCAGGUCGACUCCUGACUGCAAUGAAUUUUGCUGCGGGAAUUUUACUCGUUUUAUUGCAAAACGUUGCACUUCUUGUAAGAAGUCAAGACGCUCCGCCAGUUGCAGGCCAAGGCUUCUGGAAACCAGUGCCUAGUGACACGGUGCUGAUUGGAGCUGUAACUCAUGAAGAGUUUGCUACUUUAAGCUCGACUUACGAAGAUGGGGAAACUAUUCCAUCGGAAACGUACACUGUUGAUUCAUUUCAAGAUGCUUUUGAAGUGGGUUCUUUUGGAAUCGAGCUGUGGUUGAUAGCCUUGGACAAAUUAAAGGCACAAUUCAAAUUCGUCACGCCGAAGGGAAGUUCUAAAAACACUUUAAGUGCCGUAACUCAAAUGGUGGCCAAUGGGCAGGCACAUUUUGCAUUCAUUCCGACGGUUUACGUUCCGGAGGACACCAAGGGAGUUGUCAUCACUCAACCAACUCACAGCGUCAAGUACAAAUUAUUUGUGCAGUCGCCGACGAGCGUUUCAACGUCGCUCAGUUUGGGAACAGUUUUCACUCCAGUUUUGUGGCUUACCAUCGUUAUUUCAAUGUUAAUGAUGGGCGCCAUUCUUAUUUUCAUCGAGUUUUUGGGGCAAAGAGCAAAAAUUACGUCGUAUCUUGCACGGCCGGCCGACGUGGGCCAGCUCGUGAUAAUCGUCAUCGGGUGUUUUUGUUUCCAAGGCGCGAUUCAAAUUGCGUCAGGAUGCUCUGGCAGGGUUUUGGUUUGGACGAGCCUGACUUGCGGCUACCUGAUUUACGUCAGUUUCAACACGGAGGUCAUUUCGCAGCUGACAACGGUCAGCUUCAAGCCGCCCAUCGAGUCACUCCAAGAUAUGGCUUUGAAAGGAACGCACAAACUGAUCGUUCGGAAUGAAACUUCUCUCUUGGAAGAUAUAAAAAUCACAAGAAUUAAAGAUGGGAAAAGAGGAAUUUUAGCUGAUGUUUGGGACAAACUUCUGCCAAUGAAACCAAAAGCGGAAAAUCUUUACAAUGAUAAAAAGGAAAUCAAUCGGCUGUGCAAGGAAAAAGUUGCAAUUUUGGAUUCGGAUCUUGCAAUAUCUCCAAAGGACCAGCAAAAAUAUAAAUGCAACACGAUGACGCUGAAAGACUCCUAUUUUCGAUCAAAUCUUGGUUUUGUUUUAAACAAAAAUAAUACCUUCAACAAACAAAUUAUUAAAAUGUUUUCGCGGAUGCGAGAGACAGGAAUAAUUAAUCGAAUGCGCAGAUACAUUGAUCAGCCUGACGUGGGUCCACUGAAGCCCCUGCCAGACUUGAAUCCCAUUGAAAUUAACACCCUCAUUCCGAUGUUGGUUGUUUUGUACGUAGGGAUGAUUGCUAGUGUGGUCACUUUGGGUCUGGAAAUUGCAUUUAAACACGGUGGGGGCGAAUUGAUCAGGCGGCUCAACGAGAGGGGCUAUUACACGUGGAAGGACGUCGUGUGCUUUUGGAGGGUGAAACGGCCGAAUCCUGACGAGGAAUCAAGCGAGGAAAGCGAAUCCUCCGAAGACGAAGAAGCAGCUUUGCCGUCUUCGGUACCAACAAUUAAAGUUCCGCGCACACCUGCGACACCGGCUAAAAUUAAAAGAGAAACUGAAAAUAAAUCAAAAUUUGUAGACCGAUCGGUGCCUCCCAGACCAUUGAAAAGGGAAAAUAGAGUUUCUCAGUUGAACAACUUCUUACCAAACGCUGGACCAGUUUAUUUGGAUAAAAACACCUUGCGCGAUAACAGCUCCGAGGAAAGCAAUUUUAAUAGUCCACGUUCAGCAGACGGAUUUUCGCCUAGAGUUGAAAUUUCAAGAACUCCGCCGCUGCCAAUUCGGAUAUAUUCAGUACCACCACCAAGAAGGGAAAGCAAAAUUUAAAAUAGAGAGUAUUUAAUUUUAUUAAUCAAAAUAUUAGUGUUUUCUUUUUCGUAAUAAAA